AUGUCAAGGUUUUUCUUCCCUUAUGGCGACGCAUCAAAAUUUGCACAACACGCCUUCAGAACCUUUGACAAAAACGGAGACGGCACCAUCGAUUUCCGAGAGUUCAUCUGCGCCCUGUCCAUCACAUCCCGUGGCAGCUUUGAGCAGAAACUCAACUGGGCCUUCAACAUGUAUGACCUGGAUGGUGACGGCAAAAUCACCAGAGUGGAGAUGCUGGAGAUAAUCGAGGCUAUCUACAAAAUGGUGGGCACUGUGAUCAUGAUGAAGAUGAACGAGGACGGUUUGACACCAGAGCAGAGGGUGGACAAGAUCUUCAGCAAAAUGGAUAAGAACAACGACGACCAGAUCUCGUUGGAGGAGUUCAAAGAGGCGGCGAAGAGCGACCCGUCCAUCGUGCUCCUGUUGCAGUGUGACAUGCAGAAGUGAGCCCUCCCCUCGCUCGCUCCUCUCUCCCCCCCUCUGUCUGUAAUCCACACACUCUGGACAGCAGCACAUGUUUUAAUGUCUCAUUAGGUUCUCUGCCAUUUCCACAGGAAAAAAAAAC